AUGCAUAUGCCCAGUAAUUUCCAGUUUGGCAUGGAUGGGAAUUUCCAAUUCCGCGGCAUCAGGAAGACCAGCGGCGGCCCUACGGAAACAUCUUCCUCAACCCACGCCGCUAGCAUAUCUGAAGUGGCCCAGCACUCCGCUGGUGACAACGACGCUCUCUCACGUAUCCGCAAGAAGCACAGUGCCCCCAAGGAACACCGCAGGCGUCUCAAACGUGAAAGAUCGAAGCAGAAGCAGGAAGAGCUAAUUGCCAGAGAUCGAACGCUAUACCCGGAACCCGUCCAGGGAGACCUUUCAACACUUACCCACACGGCAACCCCAAGUGCCAGCAACUCUCAGGGCAUUGCCCGACGAGUGCGGAGUAUGUUGAGGAUGGACAGUAGUGCGAGGCGAGAUGUCGGCAAGACCAAUCCGCACAAAGAGCGCGUCUGGACCAGCAAGACCGACUCUGGAUUUGCAGUCCGGCAUGCCGACCUUGGCACGAUCCAAGAGCCCAAGCCUCGCCGACCUGGUCAAGUCAAGAAGAUUGUCAACAUGUACAAGGACAAGACAACGAGUAUGAGGUCUCUCGGCAGGGGAGGUAGCAGUGGCUGCCAUAGAUCCUGCUGA